UUCAUUUUCCUGCGUUACUUUUCUGGGCAAGGAAAGGAAAUAAUUAAUUCCCUGAAAAAAGUUAAGGAAUUUUUGGAUCAAUCUGAGAUUUUCUGUUUCUUUUUCUUUGCAGAAAUAAACUUUCCCGGCUGAUUCUCACACUAAAAAAAAAAUUUCAAACUUCAAAUUUCAUUCUCUUAUUUUAUUUCAUAUUUUGGGAAAUUUAGAACGAUAAGCGAAAAUGAAUAUAUUUAGAUUAGCAGGGGACAUGACCCAUUUGUUUAGUGUUCUUGUUUUGCUUCUUAAGAUCCACACAAUCAAGUCUUGUGCUGGCAUUUCACUGAAGACUCAGGAACUCUAUGCUAUUGUCUUUGCUACUCGUUACUUGGACAUAUUCACUAAUCAUAUCUCGCCUUAUAACACAAUCAUGAAGUUAAUAUUCCUGGGCAGCUCUUUCUCAAUUGUAUGGUACAUGCGGUAUCACAAAAUAGUUCGUAGAUCUUAUGAUAAGGACCAGGAUACAUUUCGACAUUACAUCCUUAUACUGCCUUGCCUGAUUCUUGCCCUUCUUAUAAACGAGAAGUUCACCUUCAAAGAGGUCAUGUGGACAUUUUCCUUGUAUUUGGAAGCUGUUGCGAUACUUCCUCAGCUUGUAUUGUUGCAAAGGACUAGAAAUAUUGACAACUUGACUGGACAAUAUGUGUUUCUUCUUGGUGCAUACAGAGCAUUGUACAUAGUGAACUGGAUUUAUCGGUACUUUACUGAAGACCACUUUGUCCACUGGAUAACUUGGAUUUGCGGUCUUGUCCAGACAUUGCUUUAUGCUGAUUUCUUCUACUAUUACUUCCAGAGCUGGAAGAACAACAUGAAGCUCCAAUUACCAGCUUGAGAUUUUAAUGGUGCAAGUUUUGUAGUAGCAUACAUAGACUUACAUCAUAUGGGUUCAAAUUUAUCAGUAUUUCAAUUAAUUUUAAUUUCACUAUGUUAUAUUGUAAUAUUAUGUAAAACGAAUCAUAAAAGCAAGUGAAAAGACAUAAGUUUUUCCACCUA